AUGCCGUUUGGCUGCGUCACCCUGGGAGACAAGAAAGAUUACAACCAGCCAUCUGAGGUGACUGACAGAUAUGACCUGGGACAGGUCAUCAAAACGGAGGAAUUCUGUGAAAUAUUCAGGGCCAAAGAGAAGACGACGGGAAAGCUCUACACGUGCAAGAAGUUCCUGAAGAGAGAUGGACGGAAGGUGCGGAAGGCGGCCAAGAAUGAGAUCAUCAUCCUGAAAAUGGUGAAGCACCCCAACAUCCUGCAGCUGGUGGAUGUGUAUGUCACCCGCAAAGAGUACUUCAUCUUCCUUGAACUGGCCACAGGCCGGGAGGUGUUUGACUGGAUCCUGGAUCAGGGUUAUUACUCUGAACGGGACACCAGCAAUGUCAUCCGACAAGUGCUGGAGGCCGUCGCUUACCUGCAUUCACUCAAGAUUGUGCACAGGAACCUCAAGCUGGAGAACCUGGUGUAUUACAACCGCCUGAAGAACUCCAAGAUUGUGAUCAGUGACUUCCACCUGGCAAAGCUAGAGAACGGCCUCAUCAAGGAGCCCUGUGGCACCCCAGAGUAUCUAGCUCCGGAGGUGGUGGGACGCCAGCGGUAUGGACGGCCUGUGGACUGCUGGGCUAUCGGUGUCAUCAUGUACAUCUUGCUGUCGGGGAACCCACCCUUUUAUGAGGAGGUGGAAGAGGACGACUAUGAGAACCACGACAAGAAUCUCUUCCGCAAGAUCCUGGCCGGCGACUACGAAUUCGACCCGCCUUACUGGGAUGACAUCUCCCAGGCGGCUAAGGAGCUGGUGACCCGUCUGAUGGAGGUGGACCAGGACCAGAGGAUCACAGCUGAAGAAGCCAUCUCCCACGAGUGGAUUUCUGGCAACGCUGCCUCAGAUAAGAACAUCAAAGAUGGUGUCUGCGCUCAGAUCGAGAAGAACUUUGCCAGAGCGAAGUGGAAGAAAGCCGUGCGAGUGACCACACUCAUGAAGCGACUCCGUGCACCCGAGCAGGCUGAGCUGGCAAAGCCAACCCUGCCAGCUGCCGCCACGCCGGACAGUGCCGCCUCGCCGGCCCCCACCGCCACCCCGCAGCCUACGGCCGCUGCCGCACCUGACAACACCGCCCCGACGGUGGGAGCUCCGGCUACGUGUAAUGGAGAAGAAGCCACUGCCCCCAGUGCUACCCCCGAGGCCUGGACCGAGGAGACCGGCUGA